AUGAAAAAUGAGGCAAUUAAAAAAUUUAAUAGGCUUAUAUUUGUAGUGAUAAUUUAUUCAUUACUUAUAUAUAUGAUUAUAAUAGCAAAAUGUGAGCACAAUGUUUUAACAAAAUAUGAAGAAAAAGAAUUUGAUGAAAAAACAAAAUAUAAAUCUAUAAUUAUUGAUGCUGGGUCUACUGGCACAAGGGUUUAUAUUUAUGAUUAUAUUACUUCACAUGAUAAUAAAGAUAUAAAAAUAUAUAUACCUUCUAUAAAUUAUAGAACUACACCUGGAUUAGUAUAUUUACUAAAUAACUAUUUUUUUAAUAAUGAAAAAGAGCCUUUUUAUAAUUAUUUUAAAAAAAUACAAAAUUUUAUUUAUGAAAAUGUUAAAAAAGAAGAACGAUCAAGUACAGUUAUCUUAAUCAGAGCAUCAGGAGGCUUUAGAUUACUAAGUAUAAAUCAAUCGAAAAAAUAUAUAAAUUUUGUUAAGAAUUAUUUUUUUGAAAAUUUUAAUGAUUUUUUAUUAAUUGAUCAAUUAUUAAUUAAAAUAUUAAGUGGAAAAGAAGAAGCUAUUUUAUCAUAUGUGUCUAUUUAUUCCCUUUUAGAAAGAUUAUCACCAAAUCCCAUUAUAUUUAUAAAUAAUAAUGAGGAAAUAAAAAAUAGAGGAAAAUCAACACACAAGAAUAUUGAUAAUGAUAAUAAAAAUGAUGAUGACCAUAUAAUCGGGGUUCUUGAAAGUGGUGGGGCAACUGCUCAAAUUAUCAUAAAAAUUCCAGAAUCUAAAAUGAAUGACGAUAUAUUAAAUUUAAUGAAUUAUAAACAUAAAGAAAAUAAUAAAGACGAUGUUAUUGAAGAAAAUUAUAAAAAUAAAAAUAUUGUAAAAAUAAAAUUAUUUGAUAAAAAUAUGUAUUUAUAUUGUAAAAGCUAUUUAUCAUUAGGUCGACAAAAUGCCAUGAAAACAUAUUUACAUUAUGUCGUACAUGAACAUUAUGAAAAAAAAAAUAUCCUAAAUAAACAAAAUAAAAUAAAUAAAAAUGAAACAACUAAUGAUGAUAAUAAUAAUCAAACUAAAUUUAUAAUGGUCCCUUGUUUUCCAAAAGAAUUUAAAUUUUUAAUAAAUAAUUUAUAUAAAACUUCAAUUGAUGAAGAAUUAGAAGAAUAUGAUGAACAAAAUAAACGAGAAUUAAAAACUGAUGAAUAUAUAGGUAUAGGUACAGGGGAUUUACAUUUAUGUAGAAAACAAUUACAAAUUAUUUUAAACUAUUCAAAAAUUGAUACUUUACCAUUCAAAAUGAAAAAAUUUAUUAAGUUAUAUGGAAUUGAAAACUUUCACCAUUUUGCAAUUGACAUAUUAAACAUCCCAGAAACAUAUAAUCCUAUUCCUCUGGAUACAAGUAUGUACUUAAAAAAGGCAGAGGAGCUUUGUCCUCUUACUAUAGAUGAAAUUAGAAAAGUUGUACAUCCUGAUGCAAAUAUAGAAAAAGCUCAAACAUCAUGUUUUGGGCUAAUAUUUUUAUAUGAAUUUAUGAGGCAUGUAUUGAAAAUUGAUAAAUCCAUACUAUUUUACUCAACGAAUUAUGUAAAAAAAAAUAACAUUACUUGGACAAUUGCAGUUUUACUCAUAAAUAUCCCCAAGCAUUUAAAUUUAAUUAAAAAAACAAAGCAAAAUUAUGAUUAUGAUGAGCUUUAA